AUGCGAUUCAAUUGGGCCGCCAGCCUGCUGGUCGUGCUCGCUGCAUCUGAAGCAGUCGGUGCAAGCACCUGGUUUAGCAAGUCUAUCUACAAUAAAUGGCAUGAGACCGAGCUGGAGCGAUGGCUUUCUGAUCAUGACAUCCCUUAUCCCACUCCUGCUGAUCGCAAGGAUCUGGAAAAGAUAGUCAAGGCCAACUGGCACGACAAAGUGCAAGUUCCUCUCGCUGAGACGUCCGAUUCCGCAUCGGAGCAUCUGAGUAAUGUGAAAGAUUGGAUUUUUGAUAGCUGGUCAGAGUCCCAUCUCAAGUCGUUCCUUGACCACCAUGGUAUUCCCGCCCCUCAGCCACGCAAGCGCGACACCCUUCUCCGUGCUGCGCGUGAGAACUACGACACUGUGGCGAAGAAGCUUGGCGAAACCGCCGCUUAUCCGGGGAACUGGCUCUAUGCACAAUGGUCCGAGUCGGAUCUCAAAGAAUGGCUUGACGAACGUGGUUGGCCGGCUCCUCAGCCGACCACCCGUGAUCGUCUUAUUGCUGCUGUUCGACGUCAGUCGCGCCUUGCCGGUCUCGCUUACAGGCAAGCUGCUGCUUCUGCGGCUGCCUCCGCUGCUGCUGCUCAGUCUAGCCUCAGCGAAGCACUCUUCAACGCCUGGUCUGACUCUCAAUUGAAGGAGUUCUUCGAUGAGCACGGCAUCAAGGUCCCUCAAGGGUCCAAGCGUAAUGAGCUCAUUGCUCUGGCUCGUAAACACCGUAAAUAUCUUGUUGAUGAAGCUUCUUCGCUCUCCACCUCUGCGGCCAGUGCUUUUGGUGCAGCAACCUCAAAGGCCGGCAAUGAAUGGGCUCGGGCUACCGAUGAUGCUCAGCUCAAGGCAGAGGACGCAUUUGAUGCUACCGUGGCUAAAUGGUCAGAUUCACGCUUGAAGGCUUAUCUCGAUGCCCGUGGUAUUCCUAUUCCCCAGCAUUCCAAGCGUGAUGAGCUUCUCGCCAAGGUCCGUCUUUACAAGCACAAGGCUGCGACUGGUAAUACCGCUUGGACUUUUGACACUUGGACUACCGAUGACUUGCAAAAAUAUCUUGCUUCUAUCAACCACAAGGCAGCAAAGAAAGCCGACGCUUCUCGCGAAGAGCUUCUCAAGCAUGCCCAAGAGCAAUAUGCUAAAGCAUCUAAAGCCGGCGGUGACCACUAUGCCUCUGCUACUUCGUACCUCGCCAAAUCCACCAGCGCGGCCAAGAAGGACACCUUUGACCAAUGGUCUGAAUCUGAAUUGAAGAGGUACCUCGACUCGUACGGUAUUUCAACCUACCAGGGAUCUACUCUAAAUGAAAUCCGCGCUGCUGUACGUCGUAAUGCUCAGUAUUUCCGCUAUGGAACCACCACACCACUCGACACCAUCUUUGCCAGGGUUAAAGAGGGUUACAACUGGGUCCUUGAGCAACUAAAGAUUGGCGCUGCCAGGGGUCAGGCACAGGGCCACGAUGCUGCCGAAUCAGCAAAGGCCAAGGCUACCGAGGCCGCUGGAAAGAUCCGGUCGGAACUGUAA